AUGCCUCUCGGUUUCUUGAGGAAGAAACGGACGAGGGAUAGCAAGGAGGGCAUAUCUAGUGCUCCGACGAGCCCUGUGACACCCACCGCCAAAUCGAGGUUCAGCCAGUCUGCCGCCGUCACUUCCUCACCCGUUGCUGCUGCUGCCUCUCAGUCCGUCCCGCGCUCCUCGGCAGCUUCCACUCAACAGUCGAGCGGAGCCUCCGACACGGCUGCCGAGCAGCAGCAGAACAAGCCCAUGAAUACCCUUCCGGUCCCACAGUCCGCCUAUCAGGCGGUAUCACACACUCCGUCUCCCGGAACAGAUCCCCAGGCAAACCUCCCGCGCAUUGCAAACCUGAUUAAUCCCCCUCAGCAUGACAUUCCUGCCACUUACCAGCAGCAGCAAGGUGUCCAGUAUGUUCAACAUGUCCAACAGCCCGCGACCGCUGGAGGCGUUGUGUCCGCCCAGGAACAGAAGAAAGGAGAGCAGCAGCAGCAGCAGCAGCACUAUCAUUAUCAACAACAACAGCAGCAGCAGCAACCAUAUCAUCAACAACAGCAACUACAGUCUCAGCAAGGACAGCUACUCCCUCAGGAAGGGCAGGCACGCGUAACAAAGGGGAAAUACUCUCUCAAUGAUUUCGACAUUCUCAGAACCCUGGGGACUGGCAGUUUCGGUCGUGUUCAUCUGGUGCAGUCACGGCAUAACCAUCGUUUCUAUGCUAUCAAGGUUCUCAAGAAGGCACAGGUGGUGAAGAUGAAGCAAGUUGAACACACAAACGACGAGAGACGCAUGCUUAGUGAAGUGAAGCACCCUUUCCUGAUCACCCUCUGGGGUACGUUUCAGGAUGCCAAGAAUUUGUACAUGCGUUUUCCUAAUCCUGUCGCCAAGUUUUAUGCCGCCGAGGUGACUUUGGCGCUCGAGUACCUUCACUCGCGCAAUAUUAUAUACCGCGAUUUGAAGCCGGAGAACCUGCUGCUAGAUCGACAUGGCCAUCUCAAAAUUACAGAUUUUGGGUUUGCCAAGCGCGUCCCGGACAAGACAUGGACUCUCUGCGGUACCCCUGACUAUCUCGCCCCUGAGGUCGUUUCCAACAAGGGAUACAACAAAUCUGUUGACUGGUGGUCACUAGGUAUUCUGAUCUACGAAAUGCUUUGUGGUUACACGCCUUUCUGGGACAGUGGGUCACCUAUGAAGAUAUACGAAAAUAUUUUGCGCGGCAAAGUCAAGUACCCAUCCUACCUGCACCCGGACGCUCAGAACCUGCUCGAGCGCCUGAUCACAGCAGACCUAACCAAGCGCUUGGGCAAUCUGUAUGGGGGUUCUCAGGACGUGAAAAAUCACCCUUGGUUUGCCGAGGUUACAUGGGACAGGCUUGCUCGCAAGGACAUCGAUGCCCCGUACUGUCCUCCAAUUAAGGCUGGCAUGGGCGACGCCAGCCAAUUUGACCGUUAUCCAGAGGAGACAGAGGCAUAUGGCCAGACCGGCCAUGAUGAAUAUGGCUACCUUUUCCCCGAUUUCUAA